GAAAAUUAUUCAGCGGCGAAAAGGCCAAAAGGCACGGGGUCGGAGGCUCGCUCUCUCUCAUCAGUCUCACCCCAAACUGUCACUCUCUCGUGAAUGCAGGAUUCAAUCUUUUCCUUCUCUCUCACUAUAAAAAUCUCUCGCUUUUUCUCACUAUUUAAAAUCUCUCAUUUGAAUGCGAUUUCCAUAUUUGUUUCUUUUUGGGUCUGAUAACUGUUUCUGUUUGUUUCUUCCAAAACCAACUAAGAGAUUCCCUUUUUUUUCCUCUCCACUAUCUUCCCCCCUUGAUAAACCCACCAUUUUCCCUCAAAGUUUCCAAGCAUACUGACUUUCAAUUAUUCAAACAAAGCUAAUCUUUACUGGGUUUUGAUUGUUUCAGGUCCUAGUCUCAUCUAUUGCAUCUGGGUCCUAGUCUCAUCUAUUGCAUCUGGGUAUUUUCUCAUCUUCCAAUUUGGAAAAAAAUUUAUCUGGGCCAGAUUCAUUUCUUGGGAAAAUGGUCAAUUUUGAUUUUAUUUCUGGGAGCAAGUCUAGGAAACCAGUGAGCUUGAGUUUCAGAAUACCUUACUAUACUCAUUGGGGGCAGAGCCUUCUUGUGUGUGGUUCAGAACCUGCGCUUGGUUCAUGGAAUGUGAAGAAAGGUCUUCUGUUGAGUCCUCAUCAUCAGGGUGAUGAGCUUGUUUGGCGUGGAACUAUUGCUGUCCCAGAUGGGUUUGGAUGUGAGUACAGUUAUUAUGUAGUGGAUGAUGAUAAGAAUGUUCUGAGAUGGGAGGCUGGGAUGAAGAGGAAAAUAAUGCUGCCUAAUGGGCUUCAGGAUGGAGAGGAGGUGGCACUUCGUGACCUCUGGCAGAUUGGUUCUGACAGUCUUCCUUUUAAAACUGCCUUCAAAAAUGUAAUCUUUCGCAAACAAUGGAGCUUUGAUAUAGAAAGACCCCUUGGGGUCAUUCAAAAUAAGUUGGAUGAAAAUGAUUCAGUCAUUGUUCAGUUCAAAAUUUGCUGCCCGAGUAUUGAAGAAGACACAUCAAUAUAUGUGAUUGGCAGUUCUGUAAAAUUGGGGCGAUGGAAGGUUCAGGAUGGACUCAAACUUAAUUAUGCUGGUGAAUCAAUUUGGCAAGCGGACUGUGUGAUGCAAAAGGAUGAUUUUCCUAUAAAAUACAAGUACAGUAAAUAUGGAAAGGCAGGAAACUUCUCUUUAGAAAUUGGUGAGAAUCGGGAAGUUUUUGUUGACUUCUCAGCUAGUCAACCAAGAUAUAUUCUCAUUUCAGAUGGAAUGAUGCGAGAAAUGCCGUGGCGUGGUGCUGGUGUGGCAAUCCCCAUGUUUUCUGUUAGAUCAGAAGCCGAUCUAGGAGUUGGAGAGUUCCUUGACCUGAAGUUACUUGUAGACUGGGCUGUUGAUUCUGGAUUUCAUUUAGUUCAGCUUUUACCAAUCAACGACACAUCAGUCAAUUUGAUGUGGUGGGACUCAUAUCCGUACAGCUCUCUUUCUGUAUUUGCAUUACACCCAUUGUACCUGAGAGUACAGGCACUUUCAGAAAAUAUUCCAGAGGAGAUCAAGCAAGAAAUUCAAAGGGCGAAAGAACAGCUGGAUGGAAAGGCUGUUGAUUAUGAGGCUACCUUGGCCACAAAACUUUCAAUUGCCAAGAAAAUUUUUGUUCUAGAGAAGGAUUCUAUACUAAACUCAAGUUCCUUCCAGAUUUUUUUUUCUGAGAAUGAGGAUUGGCUGAAACCUUAUGCAGCCUUUUGUUUUCUUCGGGAUUUUUUUGAAACAUCAGAUCACAGCCAGUGGGGUCGCUUUUCUUCUUAUUCAAGAGACAAGCUUGAGAAACUUGUUUCGAAAGACCGUGUCCACUAUGACAUAAUUUCCUUUCAUUAUUAUAUCCAGUUCCAAUUACAUUUACAAUUGGCAGAAUCUGCUGAAUAUGCAAGAAAGAAAGAAGUGGUGCUGAAAGGAGAUCUCCCUAUCGGUGUCGACAGAAAUAGUGUGGAUACUUGGGUCAAUCCGAAUUUAUUUCGGAUGAACACAUCUACAGGUGCACCUCCUGAUUAUUUUGAUAAAAAUGGGCAAAAUUGGGGAUUCCCCACUUAUAAUUGGGAGGAAAUGUCAAAAGACAAUUAUGCUUGGUGGCGUGCUCGUUUAACACAGAUGGCAAAGUACUUUACAGCUUACAGGAUUGAUCACAUAUUGGGUUUCUUUAGGAUCUGGGAGCUCCCGGAGCAUGCAAUGACAGGUCUAGUUGGGAAAUUUCGGCCGUCUAUUCCUUUAAGUCAGGAAGAACUUGAAAGAGAGGGAAUAUGGGAUUUCGACCGCUUGAGCCGUCCAUAUAUUCGGCAUGAAUUUUUACAGGAUAAAUUUGGUGCAUCUUGGACUGUCAUAGCUUCUAAUUUCUUGAAUGAAUAUCAGAAGCAGCAUUAUGAGUUCAAGGAGGACUGCAACACGGAAAAAAAAAUUGCUUCCAAGCUGAAGUCCUGUGCAGAGAGCUCUUUACUGUUGGAUAGUGAAGACAAAAUAAGGCGCAAUCUUUUUGAUCUUCUACAGAAUAUAGUUCUCAUUAGAGAUCCAGAAGAUGCAAGAAAAUUCUAUCCUCGCUUCAAUCUUGAAGAUACAUCAAGUUUCAAGGAUUUGGACAAUCACAGCAAAAAUGUCCUAAAAAGAUUUUACUAUGACUACUAUUUCCAACGGCAAGAAAGUCUUUGGCGUCAAAAUGCUCUGAAGACCCUGCCUGUCCUCUUGAACUCAUCAGAUAUGCUGGCUUGUGGGGAAGAUCUGGGACUAAUUCCUUCCUGUGUUCAUCCCGUUAUGCAAGAACUGGGAUUAAUAGGGUUACGCAUUCAACGUAUGCCAAGUGAACCUGAUUUAGAGUUUGGGAUUCCUUCUCAAUACCCCUACAUGACGGUAUGUGCUCCAUCGUGCCAUGAUUGCUCCACCCUACGAGCAUGGUGGGAAGAGGAUGAAGAGAGAAGAUGUCGAUUUUUCAAAAAUGUGAUUGGGUCCGACAGCUUGCCACCUAGUCAGUGUGUUCCUGAAAUUGCAUAUUUCAUCCAACGGCAGCAUGUUGAAUCUCCAUCAAUGUGGGCAAUAUUCCCUCUCCAGGACUUAUUAGCGUUGAAAGAAGAAUACACGACACGCCCUGCAGCAGAGGAGACAAUCAACGAUCCUACAAAUCCAAAGCACUAUUGGAGAUACCGUGUACAUGUGACAAUGGAGUCGUUGCUGAAGGAUAAAGAGCUUAAAUCAACCAUCAAAGACCUGAUCCGUGGGAGCGGUAGAUCAUAUCCUCCCUCGGAAGAAGUUGAAAUCCAAGCAGGUGUAGCUUCAAUAAAGCAGCAGGUUACCACUGGCCAGGAGAAGAUCUCAUCAGUGACCCACCUAAUUGGCAUUCCGAAACAGGAAACAGUAGCAGUGUUGUAAGUUGAUUAUUGUUUUGUUUUUUGUUUUACAUCUAUUAUAGAACCGGAUUAUUGAAAUUUAAGAAAGCGUUACGGCUUCAGUAUUCUGGUUUGUAAAAAGACGCCAGUUCUUGCUCCAAUCUCUAUUUUUCUUUUCUUUUCUUUUCUUUUUUUCCUCCUAGAAACAAGCACAUAUAUUUGUAAUCUAAAUAAAGCAUGAACAAUGUUGCUUUGUUGUACUCUUUGGUUUGAAAUUUUAGCAUAGCCUAAUUAAGCUAUCUAUU